AUUAUCUUAAUCGGUGUAACCAAGAUGGCAGCCUCCAUAUAGAAAACAAACUUGUUGCUUUCGCAACAACUUGUACGUAAUGUGGUUCUAGUCUACAGAUGCGACAAUGACGCUGUUGCUGGUCCUGUCCUGCCUGGGGUUGUGGAUGCUGUUGUAUCUGCUGCUGUGUCGACUCAACCCGGGGCGGCGCUGUGAGUGGCACUGUCGCUCCGUCACCACCGUUCAUGCCAUCCUCAUCACCUCUUUAGCAGCUUGGUGCAGCUUCAUCCAGGGACCCUGGCCUUUCACUGAUGCAGGAGGCCCGAACACACCACUCCAGUACCUGACGACGUCCAUCUGCCUCGGCUACUUCAUCUUCGACUUCUCCUGGUGUCUCUACUUCAAAACCGAGGGUCCAGCAAUGAUGGCCCAUCAUGCUCUCAGUAUAUUUGGGCUGACAGUCUGCCUGGUUGUAGGGAAGUAUGGCACCGAGCUUGUCGCCACCAUCUGUGGCGCUGAAGUUACCAACCCCUUGUUGCAGCUCCGUUGGUUUCUGCGUGAGACUGGACAGUACCACACCAUCACUGGAGAAAUUGUGGACAUAUUGUUUAUGGUGUCCUUUGGCAUGUUGAGGAUCGGUGUCGGGUCGGUGCUUCUGUACAGCUACUUUCAGCAACCUACUGAUUUCUUUGGCCGAUUUGGCGGCGUGUGUAUUUAUGCCAUAGGCUGGGUGUUCUGGAUAGCCAUUGUUCAGUAUGCCAUCAAGAAAUAUACAAAAAGAUGGAACGGAUGGAAGAGGAAAAGGAAAAACACGAAAAGUGAAACUGUUUCAGAUAAUUCUGAAAUGGCACAGACAGAAGAUAUGUUUGUUGGUGAGAAAGUGUGUUCACACCCAGAAACAUUGGAAGAUAUUCCAUCUCAGGGAGAACUGAAGAAACCUAACGGUUAUUUGCGGGUCGGAAAGCCACCUACGCCAGAAGGAAAUGACGGGAUCAUCAACGGAAUAGUUCACAGUCACAUUUCCUGUCUGGUGUCUGAGGCGGACAAGAAAAAUGUAUGAUGCACGCUUGCAUAUUCCCUCAAUGUUCGCUGAAUAGCAUUAGGUCGAACAUUUGAAGUCAACGCAGGAACAUUAUUUGUUCCUUAAUCCUUACAGGAAUUUCCAAAUAUUUUCAUGACCAAAUUUUUGUCAUUUUUACUGUGUUUGAUUAUUUAAUGAAUCGAAUUAUGCUCAAAUUGGAAUAUUGCCAGAACUAUUGAUCUCAGGAGUACUGGGAUGAAAUCCUUGACAGCCAAAUGAAUACACAAUGCCAUUUAGAAACUGGUCAAAUGUGACAUGUUAUAUUUGGGAUUACACUUUCUCAGUAAAGUAGAGAUUCUAGUACUUUUAUUGGGUUGAUUCCCAUCUGGGAUUCGAACCCGCACCCUCAGAGUCCGGCAUCUAAUUUCCAGCACACAGAGUCAGCUCUCUUACAAACGUUAGACAGCUGAUGACAUUAGACAGAUAUAGAUUAAAGGGAAUGAGGUUUCUUUCUGCAAUCCUUCCUGUCACAGCAAAACCUCUUUUAUAAAGUUCUUGAACUUGGGUUUUAGACAAUGUGUCUGCAUGACAUCAGCUGAGUUAGAAAAGCUGUUGAAAAUAUAGGUGCCAAUCAUCACAGAAUCGAUAUAUUAUGCACCGAAUCCCACCAGUAUAUUUCCAGUGUGGUAAGGGACCGUCAUAAUUUAUGGCUAGGGGGGUGAUGGUGAUAUCUAUGAAAAAGCAUGUACAAUGUGAAUGC